GGGCUGUGAUAAUAUUUACAUCAGUGUCACGUUGACGGUUUGAGGUUAAGGAGUUCGUUGCCUUUCCUUCGACGUAAGAAUGAAACCAGUAAAAGAACUCUGAAUAUACAGACUCGAAUGAUGAUACAUGUGCAAACUGCCAAUUUGCUCAGCGAUAACCGCUUGCAUAAAUAAAUCGGGAACCUUAAUUUUUACUGACUGCCACGAUAUGGCAAAUCGUGGAAGAGGUAGAGGCAAAGUCUCUAUGUCCAUUAAUGUAGAACAAUUAGGCUUUGGAAGAGGAGAAGCGCUACCGGGUCCAGUUCUGCAACCACCGCCAAAGUACCCUCCUUUGGAUUAUAAGCCUAUCCCUUUCACAAUAACAGACCAGGAUAACUAUAUGCUGGAAAUAAAAAGGGAUUACGCAGAGUUUCUUAGAGAUACUCCAAGCUAUGUACAACCGAUCGUUGUUAAUAAGGACAUUGAGCGUUACUCAGAUUGGUUUCAAGACAUGAUAACUGAAAAGACAAGCUACGAGGAACAAUACGACUGGACUGUGAUGCCAGGUGAAUUAAAACCCAGGAAUAGUAGUCAUAAGCGCCGUCGGGAUUCAAAUGUCAAAGAGCCAGCUAAGAAGAAGAAGAAAGAUGUUGACGUCGAGGUGAGGUUGAAGGAACUUGAGAAAAAGGAAAGUACUCAACGCGGUGACGUCGAUGACGAUGGAAAAGAAGGAGAUGGAGAUAACGAAGAUGAUGAAAAGGAGCCAGAAGAACGUCCUGAAGAAGAAGAGGAGGAAUUAGACGAAGAGAUGGAUGAUGGCACUGACUAUGUCAACAGCUAUUUCGACAAUGGAGAAGGCUUCGAUGACGAAGAUGACAAUUUGGAUGACGGUCCUGUAUAUUGAUACAAUGGAUGGGUUACAGCAUUUACAGUCAAUACUAAACGAACUUUUGUUAUGAUCAGUUUUUCAUGAAUUGUGGUAUCAACCAAACUAAAGUAUCAUUACUGGAAUUGUGUUAGAUACGAUUGUAAUUAGAAUUCAUAAU